UCUUCACGUAGUUCGCAUUGCAUCCUAGGUUCUGGUUUUCGCUUGUUUGUACCUUUUUUCGGUUUAUCCUCUUAACUUAUUACAUCUAUAGUUUGGGGUUUCUUGUUUUGAUUGUGUUUGGUUUUCUUUUCUUUCAGGGAACCCAUAAAAAAACGCGAGCCUCGUCAUGCACCAAACACCAUCAUUGAGUUGAUUCGCAUUCUCGGUUCUUGUUCAAGUUAUGGCUGUUCUAUUACCAAGAAUAGUAUCGAAUUCCAAAGCGCCCUCUUUUCUAGUUACUGCCCUUAUCUUGUUCCUAUUAACCGAACCGUUGAGCCAAGCCGCUCAAAGUGAUGUCGAUUGCCUCAGAGCGAUAAAAGACACUCUCGACCCCUUAAACAAACUAGCAUCCCUAUGGAAUUUCAACAACAGCACGGAAGGUUAUAUAUGUAAAUUCACCGGAGUCGAAUGCUGGCACGAGAAUGAAAACAAGGUCCUAAAUAUCCGACUACCGGACAUCGGCCUCAAAGGCGAAUUCCCUCAAGCUAUUUCCGGUUGUUCUUCGAUGACAGGCUUAGAUCUCUCGAGCAAUAAUAUAAACGGAACAAUUCCAACUAACAUCUCAAAAUUGCUCCCCUUUGUCACAAGCCUCGAUCUCUCGUCAAACGAGUUAUCCGGAGAGAUUCCAGUGGAUCUUGCGAAUUGCUCGUUCUUGAAUAUCCUGAGGCUCGAUAAUAAUCAGUUGACCGGUCAAAUCCCACCUCAGAUCGGCCUGCUUAAUCGGAUAAAGACUUUCUCCGUGACGAAUAAUCGGUUGAGUGGACCGGUUCCUCAGUUUAUAAACGCUAGUGUGCCGGUGGAGAACUAUGCGAAUAACAUUGGGCUUUGUGCUAAGCCUUUGCCGCCUUGUAUCGGGCCCCCAAAGAAAACGCAUACUGCGGCGAUUGUUGGAGCGGCUGUGGGUGGGUUGACUUUUGCAGCUUUGGGAGUUGGUAUCGGUAUGUACUUCUUUCUGCAUAAGGUCUCGAGGAGAAAGAGGGAAGAAGAUCCUCUUGGCAAUAAAUGGGCAAGGAUUAUCAAGGGUACUAAACGGAUUAAGCUUUCGAUGUUCGAGAGUACGGUUUCAAAAAUGAGCCUGAACGAUCUAAUGAAAGCCACAAACGACUUCAGCAAAGAGAACAUAAUCGGUACGGGAAGAACCGGGACAACGUACAAGGCACUACUCGAAGACGGAACCUCGCUCAUGGUGAAGAGAUUACAAGACACUCAACACUCGGAGAAAGAAUUCACUUCCGAAAUGUCCACGUUGGGAAAAGUAAAACACCGCAACCUAGUCCCACUCCUAGGUUUCUGCGUGGCCAAGAAAGAACGAUUCUUGGUCUACAAGCUCAUGCCAAACGGAACCCUAUACGACAAACUACACAGUCUCAACGAGGGCGACAAAAUCAUGGAUUGGCCACUAAGGCUCAAAAUCGGAAUUAAAUCAGCAAAAGGGUUCGCAUGGCUCCACCACAGCUGCAAUCCAAGAAUCAUCCACCGAAACGUGAGCUCGAAAUGCAUUCUAUUGGAUUCCGAUUUCGAGCCCAAGAUUUCCGAUUUCGGCCUCGCGAGGCUCAUGAAUCCGGUCGACACUCAUUUGAGCACUUUCGUGAACGGAGAGUUCGGCGACUACGGUUACGUUGCUCCGGAGUAUGCUAGAACUUUGGUGGCAACUCCAAAGGGCGAUGUGUAUAGUUUUGGGGUGGUGCUUUUGGAAUUAGUGACGGGGGCAAAACCGACUUUUGUCAAGAAAGCACCGGAAAGUUUUAAAGGGAAUCUAGUGGAGUGGGUAACGCAGCUUACCGCGGAAUCUAAGCUGCACGAUGCUAUUGAUGAGUUCUUGGUGGGGAAAGGGUACGAUGGGGAAGUUUUUCAGUUUCUUAAAGUUGCAUGUAAUUGUGUGGGGCCCGCUCAUAAGGAGAGGCCGACUAUGUUUGAGGUUUAUCAGCUUUUGAGAGCUAUUGGGCAAAGGUAUGAUUUUACGACCGAGGACGAUUUGUUGGUUCUUUCGGAUGAAGGGAGUAAUCGUGCGGACCAUGUGGAGCUUAUUGUUGCGAGAGAUCGUGCGUAGGGAGAUCUUUGCUGAGAAUACUUAUACGUAUAUGUAUUCGUAUACCGGUGAGUAGAAUGUUUUUUUUUUUUCAAAACCGUGUUUGUGUAUAUUAUUAUAUGUUGUUUGUGGCGAUGUAACAACUUUUGUUUUUGUUUGAAUCGAUUUUCGUUUUUUUAUGUAAUAGGGCCUGUGGUUAAUGCACACACAAGCUACUUGGAUCCUGUUUAUUCAUGUUUUGUAAGUGAUCAAGUGUGUUGCUUGGCUUUA